CCCUUUUUACCCCAAAACCAAACAUGACCUAUCAGUUUGCAUUCAUCUUCUUAACCUUCUCUUUAUUAUCUUCCCCUGCAUUUGGCCAACCAUGCAACUCUAAUGACCUAACAGCACUGCAUAAGUUCAAGGCAGGUAUUCACCUUGACACUUCUGGCAGGCUACAGAAAUGGGUAGGCAGAAGGUGCUGUGAUUGGGUAGGGAUUCAAUGUGACAGCAACACUUUCAGAGUGACAGAAAUCAAUCUUCCAGGGUUCAUCUCAACCGUUGAUUUCAUCGAUCAAACGAAGAUGGAAGGUGUACUGUCUCCCUCAAUCACACGCCUUACAUAUCUUGAAGUCCUUGAUCUUGGAGGGCUUAUCAGUCUUUCAGGAAACAUCCCAAAAUAUAUUGGUCAUCACCUUGUAAAUCUCAGAAAGCUGAAUUUGUUUGGCAAUAAUCUGAGUGGAACAAUACCUGAAAGUAUUUCAAACUUGAUGAAUCUGGUGACACUUGACCUCCAUGAAAAUGCUUUAACUGGUUCAAUACCAGAGAAGAUUGGGAGUUUGAGCUUCUUGAAAGAACUUGAUCUCUCGAAUAAUCGUCUGAGUGGGGCGAUUCCUGCUUCUGUAACUAACUUAACUGCCAUUUCAACUGCUUAUCUUGACACCAACUUUCUUCAGGGGAAAAUCCCAUUUCCUGUAAAUCCUGGUGAUAUGCCCUCCCUUGGUUUCCUGAGGCUGCAAAACAAUCAGCUAACAGGGAAUAUACCUUCAUCUUUCGGUUACUUAUCUUCCUUAAUUAGAUUAUCACUUGCAAAUAACAAACUUGAGGGUUCAUUACCUUCUAGUUUCGGCGAUUUAUCAAAACUGUCAGAGUUAUAUCUUGACAGGAAUCGGUUGUCUGGAACCAUACCAGAAUCAAUAGGCAAACUUUCAAAUCUUAUUCUCUUAACCAUAUCACAUAACACCAUACAAGAUCCUCUUCCUCAAAAGAUGUCAUCCCUUAACAACCUGCAAAUCCUUGAUCUUUCAUUCAACCAUUUAAACCUUCAAACAAUCCCCAAAUGGCUUGCAGAGUUGCCCUCUCUUUCCCGGGUUUUGUUAGCAGGGUGCGGGAUCCAAGGCGCGUUUCCAGAAGUCCUGCGAGAAACUCCAAGCGCGUUACAGGAAUUGGAUUUGUCAGACAACAGUCUUACAGGAAGCAUACCUGCUUGGGUUGGGAAACUAACUGAGCUUUAUUCUCUCAACUUAUCUAGAAACUCCCUCUUUUCAGACAUUCCAGAUACAAUAACGAAUCUGCAUUGUUUGGGUAUCAUUGAUCUUCACUCAAAUAAUCUUACUGGAUCAGUGGACAAGGUUUUCCAGUUGGAAACCAGGUUUUCAGACGGGUCUCUGACAUAUGUCGAUCUUUCUGAUAACAGUUUCUCAAACGGGCAUGAGAAUAUCGGUAUAGGAUCUCAAACAGGAAUUCAGUACCUAAAUUUAUCCAACAAUUAUCUUAAAAAUGGAUUGCCAACAUCCAUAGGGAAGAUGGGAUUAAUGAAGACAUUGGAUUUCAGCAGCAACCAAAUAAACUCAGCAUUGCCAGACUCAUUGGGAAAUGCAACUUCAUUGGAGAUACUAAAGUUACAAAGAAACCAUUUUAAUGGUAAUAUACCAAGUGAGUUUCUGAAGCUGAGUAAACUGAGAGAAUUGGAUUUAUCAGAUAAUCUCCUCAACGGACAGAUUCCGACUGGUAAACCGCUCAGCGGUUUUCCAUCUAGCUCUUAUUCAAGAAACCAAGGUUUAUGUGGAACACCUCUUCCUCCUUGUUAGAUUUACAUCAUUGAUUCAUUGGUUAAAACUAGACUAGAGUUGUUUUUAUGCAAAAUUUUGGUGUAAAAGUUAGAAUCACAUAUUCAUUCUCUUUGGACAUACUAUCAUGAUUCCUGCAGAAACUUUGAGGUCUUUAUCUUUUGUUAAAAUCCAAACAGAAAUGGACAACCCUAUAAAGUGGUAAUCAAUUCUGGAAUAUGGGCCAUACAUCCAUCAUUU